ACAGCUUCUUGUAGCGAAAAGAAUGAGGGUUAACAGUUCAAAUGCAUUGAACUUAAUAACAAUUUAAGAUAUAUGUGUUAGCAAAGCGGUGCACAAAGGCUAACGUGAUUGUCUGUGUUUGUAUUUUCUUCGUUAAAAAAGCUUUAGUAUAAUUUUUGCGUUUACUGUUUUGUCAGUGGUACUCGUUCGUGCCCCAGGAGGCCUGCGAUUUGCUGUUUUAUCUCGAUAGAGCUUGAAAAACUGUAGCUGUCCGUCCGAAAUGGCCGAUAGUAGUACUUUGACACUUGGAACUGGUCGGAGUCUAGACUUAUCAGCUUUUGACUCCAGACUGGCAGAGACAUCCAAAGAACAUUUAUUUCUUGGUUCCACAUCACAGGAUAUUGAAGAUGGCAUGCCUCAGGUUGAAACCCGUGUUGUAUUGGUUGGGGAAGCUGGCAAUAAUGGCAAACUACUUCAAGCAUUAGAGGCUGUUAAAGUAAUGGAGGUCCCAGUUGUAAGGAUUAAAGGAGGUGAACCUGGCAACGAGUCGGGCAAUACAUUUAUAAAAACUAUAGUGAAUAUGGAAAUUAAAGUUCCCUGUAUUAAAACAUGCAACGUGAAAGAGUUUGGAGAUGGUGAGAACACAGAAUUUGAAACAAUAUUCAUACUGACUGAUUUUGGGUGUCCAGAGUAUGAAUACUUGUAUAAAAAGGACAACAGGAUUCUUGGACCACCUGUUGUACUCCACUGUGCAGCGAAAGAAGAGCCCCUUCCAUUCUCUUCCCGACCACUCUACUGUACAGCUAUGCUGAACUUGGUGUUGUGUUUCACAGGAUUCAGAAAGAAGGAAGAAGUGGUAAAACUUGUUAAUCUGGCUCAUCACAUGGGAGGCACCAUCCGCAGGGAUUUCAGUUCCAAAGUCACGCAUCUUAUUGCGAAUUCCACACAUGGAGAAAAGUUCAGGGUUGCUGUAAGCAUGGGCACGCCAAUUCUGAAAACAGAAUGGAUAUAUAAGGCCUGGGAGAAGAGGAAUGAGCCUAAUUUCUGUGCAGCUGCUGAAGAGUUCAGAUUGGAGUUUAAAGUACCUCCGUUCCAAGACUGUGUGCUGAGUUUUCUGGGCUUUUCUGAUGAAGACAAAGCAAGCAUGGAAGACAUGACAGAAAUGCAGGGUGGUCGAUACUUGGAUGUAGGUGAUGUCAGAUGCACCCACAUGGUGGUUGAGGAGAACACAAUAAAAGAACUUCCUUUUGAGCCAUCAAAGAAGUUAUAUGUUGUAAAGCAGGAGUGGUUUUGGGGUAGCAUUCAGAUGGAUGCAAGAGCUGGGGAGUCUAUGUAUUCCUAUGAAAAGGCUGGAAGCCCAACUUUGAAGAAGUCUGUUUCUCUGCUCUCCUUGAACACGCCGAACAGCAACCGAAAAAGACGUCGUCUUCAAGACACUCUUGCGCAGCUAACCAGGGAAACGGACAUUUCUCCGUUCCCACCACACAAAAGGACAUCUGGUGAACACUCCUUAUCUAUAGGAUCUCUUCUGGACAUUUCCAAUACACCAGAGUCAGGAAAGGCUGCUGGAGAAACUCCCAGGUCAACUGCUAGACCUUCAAAAAGUUCAACCCCUGUUCCUCAAAAGCAGUCUGCCAGGUGGCAGGUUGCAAAAGAGCUGUACCAGACUGAAAGCAACUAUGUAGAUAUCCUAACAACAGUGUUACAGUUGUUCAAGGACCCUUUGGAGAAAGAAGGACAACUUGGUGGGCCUAUUCUAGCUGUGGAAGAAAUAAAAACGAUUUUUGGCAGUAUCCCAGAUAUAUUUGAUGUGCAUACUAGAAUCAAGGCUGAGCUUGAAGAACUUGUGCUUAACUGGUCUGAGGAUAAGAGUGUUGGUGACAUCAUUUUAAAAUAUUCAAAAGAAUUGGUGAAAGCUUACCCCCCAUUUGUCAAUUUCUUUGAAAUGAGUAAAGAGACAAUUGCCAAAUGUGAAAAGCAGAAGCCAAGGUUCCAUGCUUUUUUGAAGAUUAACCAGUCUAAACCAGAGUGUGGUCGUCAAACCUUGGCUGAGUUGCUUAUCCGACCUGUGCAGAGAUUACCCAGUGUCGCUCUCCUACUUAAUGAUAUUAGGAAACACACUGCAGAUGACAAUCCUGACAAAGUUACUUUAGAAAAGGCUAUUGAAUCUCUCAAAGAAGUUAUGACGCAUAUCAAUGAGGACAAAAGAAAAACAGAAGGACAAAAGCAGAUCUUUGAUGUUGUUUAUGAAGUUGAUAAUUGUCCAGCCAAUCUUCUGUCAUCUCAUCGCAGUCUGGUUCAUAGAGUUGAGACAAUCUCACUGGGAGAUAAGCCUUGUGACCGAGGGGAAAAUGUCACUCUGUUUCUCUUCAGUGACUGUCUGGAGAUUGCAAGGAAGCGUCACAAAGUAAUAUCCACUUUUAGGAGCCCCCAUGGGGGCACACGACCUCAGGCCUCCCUUAAACACAUUACUCUUAUGCCCCUGUCUCAAAUCAGGAAAGUUCUGGAUCUCAAGGAAACGGAAGAUUGCCAUAAUGCCUUUGCCCUUGUGGUGCGCCCUCCGACUGAACAGGACAACCUGUUGUUUAGCUUCCAGUUGGCAGCAGAGGACACGCUGAAGGAAGAUUGGCUCCGAAUGCUUUGCCGGCAUGUAGCCAACACCAUUUGUAAAGCAGAUGCUGAGAACUUAAUCCAGCGUACUGAUCCUGACUCCCUGCAAGUAAACACAAAAGAUAUGGACAGCAGCACACUGAGUCGUGCAUCGAGGGCAAUCAAAAAGACAUCCAAGAAGGUCACAAGAGCUUUCUCCUUCACCAAAACUCCAAAGCGAGUAAUACAGAGAGCAUUCCUGGCGAACAGUACCCCUGAUAGCCCUACUGCAGGCACUGGGAAUUACUUGGGUGGUCGUCUGGCAAGCACGUCAUCUUUGGCUAGAGUCCAGUCACCUUCAUUGGUCAGCCUGCCAGCCAUGUUUGAAAGGAAGUAUCACACUUUCAGUCGAUCAACUACACACCUGAUAUAAUUAUUGCAGACAAUAUUAUAGAACCUAUUUUAUGAUUUAAUUGUAACUCAUAAUUAACCUGAAUAAUAUGGUACUGGGCAACAUUCUGUUUGUAACGUCAGUUUUGAUCAUUAAUAUGUUAAGGCAGUUGUUUGUUUGACUUUGUUUAAGAAAUUGGAAGGAUUUUUUAUGUCCUGUUUUUAUUUGUCUUUUCCUGCUAUUGGACACUGUAAACUGACAUUUAUGUGGAGCAUAACAUGUACACUGGUUAAGGCUUGCAAAAAAGUAUAGUAUUUAGUCAUCUUUGAAUUUCUGAGGUGGGAUGCACGAUGUCAAUCAAAUGCAGCAUAGGAUCUUUCAGUUGUUUUUUUUAAAUAGUCAGCUUUACCAUCUUAGUGAUAAGUUCACAAGAAAAUAAGUAUAUAUUCAGCUUUUAUAAAGCUUUUGAAUAUAUAUAAAAUCAUAAUCUAUCUUUCUAGUCUCGUAUGUAGUUAACCGAAAGCAUGGUUGAUAUUGCAAUGUAUUGAUAUGAAAAAAGUGAGGGGACCUGUUCUAAAGUAUUGUUUAAUUGUCUGAUUUAUUUUUGUAUUAGGCUGGUUGCAUAUAGAACAUGAAAAUGAUUCAGUUGUGCCUUGUAUAUAUUUUCCCCAGACUUUCUAUAUGAAUAAGCUGAUAAUUGAUCUAUUUAUGUGUAAAUUUGCACUCUGUCCCUCAUGUGUCAUACCUAUAAUUGUUGUAGUGUUUUUUGUUUUAUGGUACAGUGCAUAGAUUGUAUAAACCCAAGGCACUUACCCAUUUCUUGUUUAUUUUGCCUCAUUUUUAAAUACUGUAGUGCUUUGUAUGUACAAUUAGAGAGCGUUUACAACUAAUUCUAUGUAUUUUCUGGCUUUUGUCAGUUUUCUAAGCAAAAAAAAAAACGAAAAAAAAACUGAAUGGACCAUGAAGGCUAAUCCUUUGUGCACAAUCUCUUUUUAUUACAGUUGAGACAGACAUUAACUGAAUGUUUAUUACAAUAAAUGAGUAGAAACUUUUUUUGUGUGUUUUUCUAUUGCUGUUAAACUGAAGUGCUUUUAGUUUAAAAAAAUAAAUAACACCUCCCAAAUUUAAUCUAUACUGAGCAUCGAAAGAAACGUAUCACUAUUAUAACAUUUAUUUUUGAAAAAAUAAUGGACAUCGACAAAGUGUUUUUGGUUUCUUUUUAAUCACUCGAUCAUUUAUACUUGACCGUGACACGCUUGACUGACUAAGACUGAAGCAUAUGCACUUAAUCACCCAAUUAGUGAGACAGCUGAUUGGACACUGGAUAUGGAGUGAUUUCAGCUGUUUAAUUGCAAGCUUGAAUAAAAGCAAUAAAGAAAAUCACAGAAAAAGUGUUUGUCAUGUCUGUCAAGAAAGCAGCACCUUUGUGUAAUCGGCAUGUUGGAGGCUGGACUAGGGCAGCGUACUGUGGCUUGCCAUCUUGGGUGCUUGCAGUGAGCAGUUUCAAACCUGGCGAGACGGUAUAACCAGACACAUUCAAUGACAGGCCAUGAACUGGGAGACCCAAGAGUCACAACACCUGCCCAAGAUCGCCAGAUUUUGCAGCAUCUAAGAAGCAACUGCACCUGCUGUUAAACAGUUUAUUUUUGAUGCUCUGUAUGUAUUGCCAGUAUGACUAUUACAAAUUGGAUCUGUUUUCAGUGAGUCCAAAGUUUUUGCAAAGACUUUAAAUUGGCAACAAAAGGGGCAAGGCUAAAUUUAAUUACGUUUGUAGAGGGUACCAAGGCCACUAAACUUAAGUCAAGGCUAAAGUGUUGACUGUUGUAUAAUUUUGCUUAGGAUUCAUAUGUAAAGCUAAUUAUUGGCCAUUUUUUUCAAUUACUUUUGUCAGCCAGCAGCCUAGAUGAGGCUCCAGAAACAAUUUUUGCCUUAGUAGCCAACUGCAUUUUUACUUCUCGUUCUUGUUCAAAAUUUCUUGAAUACAACGUUUUAUUUAAAGCUACAUUUUUACACACCAGUAAUACUCAUCACAACUACUGCAUAAAACGCGUUACCGUAUUGUGCUGGUGUUAAUACAGCACCUCUGGACUGCCAGUCAUCUGUGUUUGAUCAGAUUGCUAUCGUCCCUCUCGCGCUUCAAUUUAAAACAUGCAAUAUGCUGGCUUUUUUUUUCCAUUUUACAGACCAAUGUCAUAGGGCAUUCAUACAUAUUGACACAAGUAUGUGUGGGAUUGGUGUGACCAUACAAAUUAAGUAAUUGUGUUAUUGUUUAGACCCAAACUCUUCCUAAUACAGUUGUAGCUGAAAGGCCACAACGAUCAUAAUGGCCCUGAAUAAAGAUACCCUUUGAGGGGCAUUUUGGCAAUUGCCACAUGGCCAACGUUAAUUUCGAGCCCUGUGUGUAUAUAUAUGUAUGUAUGUCAGUGAUUGGUUAAAACCUCAUCAUAUGAGCAAAAAUAGAUUGCCUUAACAUCCUUACUCCACUGGGCAAUAAGUUUCCCUCUGACGUGAUAGGUUCACAUUGCUGUCAGUCCCGCCACUUUUCAAGGGAACGCCCACCGCCUCCACUUCUAACAAGAGAAAAUGGCUGAAUGAAAAAACUGCUGAACAGUGAUUGUGUGACUUAACAGAAAGUUAACUACGAAACAUAAUUAUGUGGUAUGAACUUCAAAAACAUUAUCUAUUUAUAUUAUUUAGUUAU